GGCCCGCGAAAUCUCGGGGGAGAAUGUAAAUAGAAGGAAAGAAUUGAAUCCGACGACGACGGGUUGCUGGAUCUAUCGGCUCGUCUCUUUCUCUCUCUUCUCCAUCUGGUUUGAAUUGGCAGCAAUUUUUGUUAUUAUUGGUGUCGUUAUUGGCAAUUGAUGGAAUUGUUGUUGCAGAAGGGGGAGACGAUCUUCGAUCCAUCUCUUCUGCAACAACGGCUUCUUGUGCUGGAUUCGUGCUGUAAUACGAUCCAUUGUCUCGCUUGCUUCAGGUUUAUUUCUGGAGGUGAAAUGCUGGUUUUUGCUCCAAAUUACAUGCUUCAGGCAUGAUUUUGAUGAUCUCGGUCCCUUGUGUUCCUGCAGUUAAUGCGCUUUGUACCAGCCUAUGAACUGAGGGUUGCAUCUCAUAUGAAGAGAAUUUCUCUGGCUAUUGAGAUUUUAUAAACUAAGCCAUCAGAAUGGGUGGCUGUGUAUCAACGCCAAACAAAAGAACUAGACCACGAAGGAAGCAGAGCCGCAGAUGUAACAAAUUCCGUGUAAAGAAUUCUGCUUUGGUCUCUGAUAUACCACAGAAACGGAUUAAUGAUUCAGGAAAUCAUCUAACGGAUUUUUCUGUAAGCGAGUUCGUUCAUGUGAACUUUGAGAAGGGCCAAACAACUAAAUGCAGGAGAUCAGAAGUUUCCAAUGCGACAUUCCAUCUCACCCAGUUACAAUGGCACCACAGUCAAGUCGAUCCAAAUGUUAUUUGCCAAGAAGAUUCAUGGUUUGAUUCUGCCAGCAUUCUUGAGUCCGAUUCUGAUGAUGACUUCAGUAGUGUUCAUGGAGACUGUUUUCCUUCUGUAGGCAAUGCAAUUGGGAAUAUCUCAAGUGCCAAAUUACUUCAGUAUGAAGCUGCAUCCUGCUAUGUUGAUAACAGGUGCAAGUAUGAGGAAUUUUAUGAAAGUUACUUGAAAAUAGAUGGGGGUAAAGCUGAGAAGUUCUUGAGCAAAGAAGAAUGUAAGGAUACAAAGGGAUUUUCACUUUUAAGUGCCCAAGGUUAUGGAAGUUUUAAUGGUCUAAAAUAUAAUAGACAUGAUUCUGAAGAGAAAACUCAAGAAAGUACCUUUAAAUCUCGUUUACCUCGGUUACAUCCUUCUGUUAGUUUCAAUGAUAAGAACCAACCUCCAUCAAGUCCAAGUGCACAAUCUCAGUGGAAGAAGUCAGCAGUUAUCAGGCUUUCCUUCAAGAGGAAGUCCUAUGAUGGAGAGGAAAAGAGUGAAAGUUGUGCUUCAAAGAGAUUUGUAUAUCACCCCAAAGCAGGAAUUUUGAUUCCAUGUUCAACUGCAGAGAAGUUAACUGUAGGAAGUUGGUCUGAAAUUGCACCUUCAGGCUUUAAGCUUCGUGCGGAAACUUAUUUUAGAGAUAAGCGGAAGGCUCCUGCUCCAAAUUACAGUCCAUAUACCCCAAUUGGAGCUGAUUUAUUUGUGUGCUCAAGAAAGAUAAACCACAUUGCCCAGUAUCUUGAACUUCCAUCUGUGGAACCACAUGACAAAGCACCCUCACUCCUGAUCAUUAAUAUUCAGCUGCCCACUUAUCCAGCUGCCAUGUUCCUGGGUGAUGGUGAUGGGGAAGGGAUGAGCCUUGUAUUAUAUUUCAAGGUAUCAGAGAACUAUGAGAAGAUCUCUCCUCGUUUUCAGGAAAGCAUCAAGAAAUUGGUUGAGGAUGAAAAGGAACAGGUCAAAGGGUUCAGAUCGGAGUCAACAGUUCCUUUCAGAGAAAGGCUAAAAAUCAUGGCAAAUGUUGUUAAUCCAGAGGAUCUUCACCUGAGCUCUGCUGAAAGGAAGCUCAUGACUGCCUAUAAUGAAAAGCCUGUACUUUCACGUCCACAACACGAUUUCUAUAGGGGUCCUAAUUACUUUGAGAUAGACCUGGAUAUACACCGCUUCAGUUAUAUAUCAAGGAAGGGACUUGAAUCAUUCAGAGAUCGUUUGAAACACGGAAUUGUUGAUCUCGGCUUAACAAUCCAAGCACAGAAGCCUGAGGAACUGCCAGAGGAAGUCCUAUGCUGUAUGAGAUUGAACAAGAUUGAUUUUGUAAAUCACGGCCAAAUACCAACGAUCAUGACGAUUGCCGAUGAAUGAUUUGUAUAGGAAAAUGCGGGAUCUUGUGCUAGAAGCCAUUAAUUACCAUGGAUGGACAGAUCAACAUGUCCAUCCGUAUCGGGAUCUUGUAGCAUUUCGCCUCUUGUUUCCAACCUACUUUAAUGAGAGAGAAAAAAAAAAUCAUUUUAUUGUUUUACUAGAGAAAAGACGUUGCUUCUUGAUUCGAUAAUCAUAUA